UUUUGCAGGAAGGCACAUGCAACGCUGUUUACAAGUAGGUACUCGCGACGACCUUCUGUUUGUCGAUUUUAGAGCGUUGUAUUUUCCUAAACCGCUGUUGGUUUUUGUUUUUCGUACAAUGUGUCCAGCCGGCGCGGGUGUCGCGUUACGCGUGUGCUCGUGAUCAUAUAUUAAAUUUAGUGAGUGACAAGUGCGAUUUGCGUAAUAAAUUCGGUAGUCAUGGGUGCUAAAGCGAGUACGGCUAACGGGGGGCAGAGUCCGCGCGCGAGGACAUUCUCUACGAGCUCCAGUUCGGACGUGGUAUCGGGAGGCGCCGGCUUUAGCUUGCUCCGCGCGAUUCCCGGUAUCCAGGUGUCUAGCGACCGUCAGCGGGCUAGAUCACUCUCCUCAGUGCCGGACUUGCACGACUCCCACGAAGCCAUCGCCAUUCCCGCUAACUCGCAAAGUUACGAGGCUUCCGCGGCCGCCAGCCCCGACACAGACUCCAGUUCCAACGAGGAAGCCAGUCCCGGUCCGGGCACCUCGCUGUCACUCGGCAGAGUUUACGCCACACACUCCUUGCCUUCACAUAUCUGGUCCAUAAACGGCAUCAAGUGUCCAGUUUGCAGCAAGUUCGUGUUGCCGGACGACAUCGAGUGCCACCUUGUCAUGUGCCUCACCAGGCCGAGGCUCUCAUAUAAUGAGGACGUGCUGAGUGACGCAAAGGGCGAGUGUGUGAUCUGCCUGGAGGAGUUGUGUGCGGGGGACACCAUCGCGCGCCUGCCCUGCCUCUGCAUCUACCACAAGGGAUGUAUAGACCAAUGGUUCGAGGUGAACCGGUCGUGCCCGGAGCACCCGGGCGACUAGUGCGCGCGCGCGGCGCCGGCCAGUGCUACAGACUGCGGCCCCCGGGCCUUGUAAAUAAAUAUAUUAUAGUGAGAUCUUUACCAUUUAAUUAAUUGAGAAAAAACGUAAAGCAAAAGGACAGUUAGCUCGGACGACAAAUUCCGUGUGGAGUAUCGUCGCAGACUACGUUACGGUUGUUUAUCUAUUAUUUGGAGAUUUUAUGUUUCGAUCGAUAUGUAUAAUACGUUGUAUAGAAUAUGUAUAGUGGAGGUUUCCUUCUCGGAGAACAAGAUGAGCGAGUCGCGUCCGUGUCGUGCGCGUCACGUCGCGCUCCCCGACGUGUCGCGUCCGUGUCGUGCGCGUCACGUCGCGCUCCCCGACGUGUCGCGUCCGUGUCGUGCGCGUCACGCCGGGCU